AUGAAAUUUAGGUGGGAUCCACCUCGUGGAAUGGCGAAAAAUGUGCAAUCAAGAGCCAUGUACGGUGCUGACGUCAUGCUUCAAUGGACUGGUAAAGAGGAAAAGGAAGUGCAGCCGACCCUGCUGGAGUUCAACUUCAUGCCCGAUUGUGAACGUGCAAUCAACUACUAUCCGGAAUUUGCUGACACUGUCUUCCGCACGCUCUUCAUGAACGAAAUCAACACAAAGCUUGUGACCGAGAUUUAG